AUGACUCCCGAAAAUGCCUUCUUAGCUUAUAAACGGUAUACCAAUUACUUGGUGUGCUGGCUCAUCCAUACCACGAGUCGAAUUUCCCCGCCAUUAGCAGAGGUGGGAGGUUCUACCAAUGUACAUGCUAUGAACAUCAAAUACGGCGAGCUCAUGGCAAAAGAUCUGGUUUCCGUCUCUAAGUUCAUUGUAGAGCAUGGCGUCUCCGUUCCACCUAUCAUAUUUCGCUUAUUGCAAGAGGCCAUCGAGGCACGGAUGGCUGCAAAUGCCAUGUUCGCGGACGGUACCUACAAUGACCCGGACGCUGAGUCAGGGAAAUCUAAAGAACAAUAUAAGUAUCUGAUCGAGGUUCUAAGAGAAGCUUUCGUAAUACUUGGAGGAAAGGAGUGGGAGUCAACCGACCAGAAUUCAUGGAAUGGGGGCGACAACUUGACUGAUGGGGCCGUUGAAGAGGAUUUAUUCUCGGAGAAGUUGGAUCCCUUGAAAGCAAAGCAGAAGACGACUGAGUCAAUCCCCAAAUCAAACCUCGAAGCAAUACCGAUCGAGAGCUAUCGUAUUGUCAGCGGAGAGGGCACCGCAACCGAAUAUGGCGUGGCUCUCUCUGACCUCCUGAUAAACUGGAUCGAACUUCGCACUUUUGUCCAACUCCAUGGCACGAUGUGGCCUAUAAUGGAGCUAACAGUGCGGUUGCAGGUCGCAGGUCCAAAAACGGCAUUGGAGUACAAUCCGAAGAAGGACAUUGAUCAAUUCAUUUACGCGGUGGACGGCGAAGAUACGCGUAAUGGAUUUUCCCAAUCAGCAGACAUUCUCUCCAAGAUGCUAACAGUGGACAAUCUACUCAAUGAGGACACACAAUUGCAUGGGUCCCAUAUCAUGCUACUACAAGCAGCAAAACUUGAUUACUGCAAUUGGCUUGGAAAGUCACCCAUCAAAAACGGAUAUAAGCAUAUGAAAGGGUCUCGCUUUCAAGGAACCAAUCCCGACGGUCUCUGGGAAUACUCACCUUUCCUAUGCGGAACGGCUCUUGUGGAGGUAAUGGAAGAAGCUUACCUCACAAACAUGGCGAUCUGGGAUCAAAUUCCAGAGCCAACGAACCUCGUACAUCUACACAACAUGCUCGUACGGAAAGGCUAUCUAGAAGAGCCCGUCAUUUUACUCAACGCACUAGAUGAGGUCUUUAGCAGCGCCUUUUACAAGGACGAUCUGGCACCGCUCAACGACUUUGCUGCAGUACUCGCCGAACGGAAUGAGCAGAUCGGAAAAUCAAGAGAUUCUAUUCCACAAGCCCAUCGCCGCACAGUAGUAGACCCUUUUGGUACUAUGAGCAUGAGUGACAAUACUCUCUUCAAUAAGCGAUGCAAGCCGCCUCUCAUACUAUAUCAAGAGGCAGGUUGGAACCCUGAUCAGAUACCGGACAGCGAACUGACCAUCGAUUAUCAAUUGGGGAAAAUACGGAUUGCUCAGACGAAAACCAUUGUGGAGCAAGUGACGGGAGAGAGAAGGCUUGCAGAUACGGAGCUCCAACAAGACCUAGACCCAACCGCUAUAUCAACACAAGCACGAGAUGAAGAAGUAAUUAAGAAAUGGGUUGGCAAAGAACAUUGGGACGCCGUGGAGAUACCUGGAGGACAGAAACGUCGCGGGGGUCUAAACCCGGAACCUAGCGAUAAUAAACGCGCCGAUGUUGAAAUAAAUGAUAUGUGGCUCUUGAAAAUGAUAGCCCAAGAUGCCGCCGAUGAUAUUUACGGGGACAAAGCGAUAUCCGGAAUCAACUUCACACACGUCACAGCUUGGAUCUUUCACUGGUACAUGGCGGCGACGAAAGAGCUCAAGCGAACGGGGAAUAGGGUUUUCAGAUACGCUUUUAUGUACGAUGACGACGAGGGGUGGUGCAAGAACGCCAAGGUGAUCAAGAUUGCUUUGCAAGAGCAAGACGAGGAGUGUUUUCGGAUUAUGGCAGAUUUGUUGGAUGAGAUGAGAGUGGACUAUGACUCGUUCCUUUCUUGGUAAUAUAUAUGCUCGGAUUAUAGACCAAAACAGCUUGUUCAGCAAUGUGAAGAGAUAUUGAGGCGCAAAAGAAGAUCGGUAGGCAGAGCAGAUAAAUAUAUCGGAGUUAUGAGAAUGAACAUGGGGCAUGUCACUACCCCAGCAUCUUAUAUAAGUGCGCCAUGGAGAGCCGUCGAAGUUCAAACCUGGGCUUUGCCUGGCG